CUAUCGGUGACCUGAUUUUUAUCUAUGGUGGUUUGCGUGGGGGGGUCUUGCUGGACGAUCUACUUGUUGGAGAUCUUGCUGCUGCUGAAACAACAGCUGCUGCUUCACAUGCAGCAGCUGCAGCUGCAUCUAAUGUACAAGCUGGACGACUACCAGGACGAUAUGGUGGAUUUGUUGAUGAUAGGACAAGGCAAACCAUGAUUGAAGCAACUCCGGAUGGUGCUGUUGUUUUGGGAAAUCGUGCACCCCCUGUAAAUGGGGACCAUACUACUGAUAUCAGCACUAAAAAUGCCUUACUCCCAGGAUCUAGGCGAACAAGCAAAGGAGUUGAAUAUCUAGUUGAAGCAUCAGCCGCAGAAGCUGAAGCUAUUAGUGCCACACUGGCUGCUGCCAAAGCACGGCAAGUAAAUGGGGAAGUUGAAUUGCCUGACGAGGAUCGUGGGGCUGAGGGGCAAACACCUAGUGGGAAACAAAUAUAUUCCUUGAUUAAGCCUGAUUCUUCUGCGUCAAAUAGCAUUCCUCCUGGUGGAGUGAUGGUGUAUCACAGAGCUGUGGUUGUUGCUGCAGAGACUGGUGGUGCAUUAGGUGGCAUGGUUAGACAGCUUUCAAUUGAUCAGUUUGAGAAUGAAGGCAGGCGAGUCAGUUAUGGGACUCCUGAAAGUGCAACAGCUGCUAGGAAGUUAUUAGAUCGGCAGAUGUCUAUCAAUAGUGUACCAAAGAAGGUUGUAGCUCACCUCUUAAAGCCACGUGGUUGGAAACCUCCGGUUCGGCGACAGUUUUUCUUGGACUGCAAUGAAAUUGCGGAUCUUUGUGAUAGUGCAGAACGAAUAUUUUCAAGUGAACCAAGCGUCAUACAGCUUAGGGCUCCAAUUAAAAUAUUUGGUGAUUUACAUGGGCAAUUUGGAGAUCUCAUGCGCCUCUUUGAUGAGUAUGGCUCACCAUCCACGGCUGGUGACAUAGCAUACAUCGACUAUCUAUUCCUUGGAGAUUAUGUUGAUAGGGGUCAACACAGCCUGGAAACUAUUAGCCUUCUGCUUGCUCUGAAGGUUGAGUAUCCAAACAACGUACAUUUAAUACGUGGAAAUCAUGAAGCUGCAGAUAUUAAUGCCCUUUUUGGAUUCCGAAUAGAGUGCAUCGAGAGGAUGGGUGAGAGAGAUGGAAUUUGGGCAUGGCACCGUAUAAACCGUCUGUUUAAUUGGCUUCCUCUGGCAGCACUAAUUGAGAAAAAAAUUAUUUGCAUGCAUGGGGGUAUUGGUCGUUCAAUAAACCACGUUGAACAAAUUGAGAAUAUUCAGCGUCCAAUUACGAUGGAAGCAGGAUCAAUCGUGCUUAUGGAUCUAUUGUGGUCUGACCCUACAGAGAAUGACAGUGUGGAAGGGCUGCGGCCAAAUGCUCGGGGUCCAGGAUUAGUUACUUUUGGGCCUGAUCGGGUCAUGGAAUUUUGCAACAACAAUGAUCUUCAGCUGAUUGUUCGGGCACAUGAAUGUGUGAUGGAUGGCUUUGAGCGAUUUGCUCAGGGACAUUUGAUCACACUUUUUUCUGCGACAAACUACUGUGGUACGGCAAAUAAUGCUGGGGCGAUUUUAGUUUUGGGAAGAGAUCUUGUUGUGGUUCCUAAAUUGAUUCAUCCAUUACCACCUGCAAUUUCUUCACCGGAAACUUCACCGGAGCGACACAUUGAGGACACAUGGAUGCAGGAGUUGAAUGCCAACAGACCACCAACACCAACUAGAGGCCGUCCUCAAGUAACAAAUGACCGAGGUUCUCUUGCUUGGAUAUAAUGAUUAUUAAGGAAACCCGUAAUGUUUAUGCCUUGACGCUUGUGCUAUCGCCUGAAUUUCCGGUGUUACAUAUAUAGCAUGAUGCCAUUUACGGGGUAUUGGAGCUUGUGAUCGAUACCCGCAGAAUGCUUGAAGGACCAAGCUUUUCUUUGUCUUGGUUCUCACUACUCAAUCAUCUGGCAUCUACAAGAUACAAGCUCGAGAAGCAAAGUUGGUAGCCACUGCUAGGUUGGUUGACUUUGACAAAGCUAGAAGUUGCAGUUUGGGUUCCCACCCAGCUGUUGUAAAUUGAGCCGUAGGUACAAAAUCAAGGUCAUGGAUGUGUGCAUCAUGGAUUGUCAGUGCUGGUUAUUUUUGUCAUUAUUUUUCUUACAUAUUUUUUACUCAUCGUCCCUAGGUUAUUGUUUUUUGAAUUUAUAUUUUAAAUGAAGAGGACGGGUUUCUUUUCUUUUUCCCUGUGAUGGUGAGAUAUAUAAAUCAGAAAUCUUUCUUGGGGGGUCCAUGUAUCAUAGGUGUUGCUUUGUGUAAUUCCCAUCCAUGCUCUGUACAACUAACUUCUGUGUGAACCCACAUAUUCUGACAGAAAUGUGAAUUUUGAAAAUAGAAUUUUGUA